AUGAACCCUCUGGUUCUUCCUCCCAUGCUAAGCAUCUGCUCUCUUCCCAAGUCUCCUCCUGCCUUGAAAAUCAGCCGGUCUCCCACUAGCAACUGCUCUCAUUCUAAGUCUCAUGUUCUGCUAUUCCUGAUUCCCAGCUUCUUCAAGGGAUCCAUAUUGCGGCCUGAUGUGCUGCGUUUCUCCACCCCACCUCCCCUCCUGGUCCACUACCCACUCGUGUCUCCGUGUGUGCUGUGCUCCUCCCCUCCUCCCUUCUUCCCCUCCUCCCUUCUUCCCCUCCUCCCUUCUUCCCCUCCUCCCUUCUUCCCCUCCUCCCUUCGUCCCGUCGUCCCUCUCUUCCAACAGCACAAGCUCUGGCGGCGAGCGCGGGGGCAUGGGGAGUGGCGCCCGCGGGUUGGAGUGGAGGGGGGGACUGCAGCCAACUCCCUACCUCUCUUUCUCCUGCCUUCCUCUCUCCCCUUCCGCCGUCCUCUGAUUCAUAGCCUCCCUGCUCCCAUCUACCCGUCCCCCUCCCUCCCAGCCUUCCCGCUUGCGCUCUCCGAUCUGAGUCACAACAGCCUAUGGGGCACCACGCCGUCGUUUCUCAGCCUGCUGACGCAGCUCAGGCGCCUGGACCUGAGCGACAGCACCUUGCACGGAUCCAUCCCGGGCGGCCUUUGGGUGCUCCCCGAGCUGCGGCACCUAGACCUCUCGUCCAACCACAUCAACUCGACCGUCCCAGCCUCUUUGGGCGGACUCAAGUCGCUCACCGCCCUUGAUUUGAGCAACAACAGCUUGACUGACAGCGUGCCGUGGAGCCUUGGCUUUCUCACGAAACUCGAGGCGAUGAGCUUGUCCAAGAACGCCUUCUCGUCCUCCAUCCCCUCGUCUCUCGGCCUCUUGACUCGCCUCGCAUCCCUCAACCUCUCGAGCUGCUCUCUCAACGGCACUGUUCCCAGCAUGCUGAGCUAUCUCACUCGCCUCCACACCCUCGACCUGAGCUCCAAUGCCCUGGGUGGUUCGCUGCCCCGCCUGCGCCGAUACAACCUCCUCACCCACCUCGACCUCAGUGCCAACGCCUUCCAGGGCACUCUCUCUCAAGGGCUGGGGAAGCUUCAGCAGCUGCAGCAUCUUGACCUGAGCAGAAACCAGCUAAACGGCACUCUGCCUGAGGGUCUCGGCAGAAGCUCCCUCCUCUCCCACCUUGAUUUCAGCGCCAACUCUCUCAACGGCACGCUGCCUCAAGGACUGCAACAACUCACUGCUCUCACUUACCUCAAUCUGGGCAGCAACGCCAUCAAUGGCUCCAUCCCCGAAUCUUUCGGAAACCUCACCAACCUCAUCUCUCUGAACUUCACAGCGAAUUUGCUCAACGGAUCCAUUCCAUCGUCCUUCGGAGAUUUCAGCAACCUGCUCUACUUUGACGUCAGCUACAAUGGCCUCAAUGGGUCGCUCCCAGACUCCUUCAGCCGACUCUCUGCCCUCAAGCACCUGGAUGUCGCCAAAAACCAGCUGAACCAGACCCUGCCUGCCAGCAUCAGCAAUCUCAUCAGCCUCACCAACCUCAACAUCUCCAUCAACUUCAUCAACGGGACGCUCCCUGCCGCCAUCAGCAGUCUCACCAACCUUGUUGCUCUUGACGUCCACUUCAACAGCAUGAACUGCUCCUUCCCAUCGUUUAUACGCACACUCACUAAACUCACGUGGCUUGGCAUGAGUGACAACAAGUUCUGGGGUCCCAUUGGAGAAACCAUCGGGGCACUCACUAACCUCGAAUACAUGGAUGUCGGGUGGAACCCGAGAUUUGAUGCCGACACGGCUAUUAGCGGAUCCAUCCCCGCCAGCAUUGGCAACCUCCUCAACCUCAGAUACCUGAAACUGGCUGGCAAUAAGAUCAGUGGAAGCAUUCCCAAGACCAUUACGAAGCUUAAAAAGCUCGAGUUUCUCUCUGUGGCAUUCAACAGUAUGAACGCAGACUUGCCAGACUUCCUGUCCGAGCUCACAGCGCUCAGGAAGAUGGGGAUGCGCACCAAUGGUUUCACAGGGUCCAUACCCACCAGCCUCGGCACUCUUUCCCACCUGGAGCGACUGGAGCUGAGUUACAACCAGCUCAGCGGCAUGGUGCCGGUCUCCUUGGCGAACCUGCACAACCUCACCGAGCUGUGGCUGCGAGACAACCAGCUCAACGGCACCAUCCCCUCCUUACUUGGAGAACUCACCAAACUCGUUGCUCUGGAUCUGAAGAACAACGACAUGAAUGGCACCAUCCCCACCUCGAUCUACAACCUCACCAGGCUCACAAAACUCGAUUUGAACUCCAAUGGGUUCACAGGACCACUGGCCUGUAGCAUUGGCAGGCUCGUCAGCCUUCAGUUCUUCGAUUUGAGUAGCUGCCAGUUUUCAGGGUCUCUCCCAGCCACCAUCGGUCGCCUCACCAACCUGACACAAAUGUGGCUGGCAGACAACCAUUUCAGUGGUUCCGUGCCCAACUCAUGGAGCAGCCUCACACAGCUGCGCGCACUUGGCCUCGCAGGCAAUGCUCUUUCCGGCACUGUCCCAGCAGCAUUCUUCAACCUCAAGAGCCUCACCCAACUGCACUUCCCCAACAACUUAUUCCAUGGUUCCCUUCCCACCGCCCUCUUUCAUCUCACCAACCUCACUGAUCUAAACUUUGGCAAUACCUCCUUGUCGGGACCCAUACCUUCGGAGAUCAGCAAUCUUGUGCAGCUAGUGUGGACCGAUGGGAAGAGGGCCAACUUCAGUGGACCCCUGCCGACCACCAUCACACGAAUGACGACCCUUGAGAGAUUGAAUCUGGCCCACAACCGCUUGAGUGGGCCCAUUCCCACUGGCUUUGCCAACCUUACCAGAUUGACAAUGCUCAUUCUGAACAACAACAGCCUCUCAGGCGAGCUACCUGCUGAGCUGGGCCAGAACCCUGCUCUCAAGGACCUCGGUCUUGGCAGCAACUACCUGAGAGGAUCCUUCCCUGAAAGCUUCUCUAGCCUUACCAACCUUACCAAACUGGUCCUGAGCAACAACUCUCUCUCUGGCUCUCUUCCUACCACCAUCAGCGCUCUUACCUCCCUCAGCAUCCUGUAUUUGCAGAACAACAACUUUGAGGGGUCGCUGCCCAAUCUCCCGUACAAUGUAUCGGCAGUAGAUUUCAGCAGCAACAACUUCACAGGAGGAUUUCCGUUGUACUCUGCACAAUUCAGCAGCCUUGCCUCAUUGAACGUCAGCAGCAACAGGCUUUCCAGCUCACUUCCUUCAGAGCUGGGCUCUCUCGUGGCCCUUACAUCCCUCAACACGAGUGGCAACCAGUUCUCAGGCGCCAUCCCUACCUCUCUCCAAGCCCUGAACCUCCUUAGCUUCCUGGAUUUGAGUGGCAACUCUCUAAGUGGUGGCAUUCCAGACUUCCUGAGCGUGCUCACGCUCUUGCAGAGGCUAAAUCUCAGCACUAACUCGUUUUCUGACACGCUUUCUACAUCCCUGGGAGCUCUGGACCAGCUGACGUGCCUUGACUUGAGCGGCAACCAGCUGUCUGGGUCAAUCCCUUCUGCCUUUGGUGGUCUCACCCUGCUCGUGCACAUGGACAUGAGUCGCAACAACCUCUCAGACUCCAUCCCCACCAGCAUCGGCCGCCUCUCAGGCCUCACCUCCCUGAACCUAAGCCGCUCAAGCGUCACAGGUCCCAUCCCCGACUCCUUCACCUCACUCUCCAACCUGGUUUUCCUGGAUCUGAGCUACACCGGGGUGGCUGGGUCAGUGCCAUGGGGCAUCAACAGCCUGGGGCAGCUGCAGGCCUU